UUGGAGAGUGGCGCCUCGACUGCGGCUGCGGACGGAGCUUUUUGGUACCGAGCGGAGAGGAGAUGCACACGGCACUCGAGUGAGAGCCCCUUGUUCAGGACCAUGUUUGUCCAGAUGUCCUCAAAGUUCUGCCUCUUGUGUUUCCUCACGAUUCUGCUCCAGCCAGUUCACCGGUGCCACGAACAAAACGCACCCAAACUCCACCAAAAACAUCACCACAACCACAGCCACUCCCACAACCACUCCCACCCGCACAGUGCUUCACAUCCUCCGGGGGGUGUCACUCUGGAGGAGGAGCAGCAGUUUUACAUUGCGCAGCUGUUUCGGCGCUACGGCUCCAGCGACCGGUUGGACUUCGCCGGUUUCCAGAGUCUCUUGUUGAGCUUGGGUCUGGGGGAGGUUAAAGUGGUGGAGCUCGACCACGAGGAGCUGGGGCACGACCAUGUGGCACAUCUAGACGUCCUGGACAUUCAAGAUGGCACCCACUCACACGUCGCCAAUCCACACGGACACGGACAUAGCCACGGAACGCACGUGCACAAAUCUGGCAGAACGCAAACCGAGCAGGCGCCGACAACAUGCACGUCUCACACCACGGCAGCGAGUCCGGAGCAAAAAACGACCAGACGAGACGGGAACGUAACGCUAAAUGAGCAGAAACAUGCACAUAAACACAGAAAACAGGAUCCACAUUUGCACCACGGACACGGGCACAGCCAUCACCACGGACACAAUCACCAUGGACACAAUCACCACGGAGACGGGCACAAUCACCACGUAGAGGGGGCAACACAAAAUGGCGACCAUGUUCACGAAGAGGAUGUGAGGCCAAAUGGAGGACAGCUAGAGACUGAAGAUGGUGCGAAUCAGCGGAAAGAAACAGAACUUGAUCACCACGACAAUCAUGGACACAUCGACAGUGACCACGGCCAUGACGAUCACGCCCACGACGCCCACGACGGCCACGAUGGCCACGCCCACGACGGCCACGCCCAUGAUCUGGGACAAAAUGGAGCAGGUUCUGAAGGUUCAACACAUGACCAGGACCUUGAGUUGGCACAAAAUGGCCGACAAGAAGAAGCAGAGGAUCACAAGCUUUUGCAGGAUUCUGAGAGUUUAAAAAGCCAAGACCUGAGACCGGAUCCCCACAGCUCCACAGUGCCUCCUGCAGGUGUAGAGGAGCAGGCAAAGGAGAGGAGGAGGAAGGGCAAAGGGCAGAAAGGUCGUGGGAGGGCUCAGAUGGGGGAGGGAGGGGGGAGGAAGAGGAGAGAGGCUGUAGCAGACCUGAGCACGCCCACGGUACCUGCUCUGAUUGAUCCACGGCAUCAAGGAGGCUCCGCCCACCAACACGAAGAGUGCCUGAACCUGACCCAGCUCCUCACAGACUUUGGUCUCAGUGCAGACUCGCUUAUCUCUCCAGUUCAGUUCUCGUACCUUUGCCCCGCCCUCCUCUACCAGAUCGACCGCCGCCUCUGCAUCCGCCAUUACCACCAAGUGGAGGUAGAGAGCCAGGCCCUGGAUCCGCCCAGCUCAGGUUGGGUGUGGCUGUGGGGCUUCAUCUCUAUCACUAUCAUCAGUCUCCUCUCUCUCCUCGGAGUGAUCCUGGUGCCGAUCUUGGAUCAGGGAUGUUUUAAGUUCCUGCUCACCUUCCUCGUGGCGCUGGCUGUGGGCACGCUCAGCGGAGACGCGUUGCUCCACUUGCUGCCUCACUCCCAGGGGCAGCAUGACCACAGCUCUCCUCAUGAAAAAGGCUCUGAUCUGGGCACAGAGUUCGACGGCGUGUGGAAGGGACUCACAGCUCUCGGAGGAAUCUACCUCCUCUUCAUCAUCGAGCACUGUCUGGGCAUGUACAAGCACUACAAGGACCACAAGUCUAAGCAGAGCAGUGAUGAUGGAGGAAUUGGAAGGAAACUUUCAGACCACAAACUGAACCGACGCUCGGAUGCAGAGUGGCUCAACCUCAAAGCUCUGCCUGAAGACCCAGACAGCAGCACAGCGUGUGAUAAUGGACUCAGUGACACUCAGCUCACAGAGGUCCAGACCCCAGACUCCCCCUUGGCUCAAACUGACGCCCCUGCACCCUCCCCUCCACCUCCUGCACCUAAGAAGAACGGACAUAAGACCCAUGGACACUCCCACGGGCACUCCCACGGGCACUCUCACGGACACUCCCACGGGGGGAACUGUCACUCAGACCAGGACAUGAAGGACGCAGGCAUUGCGAGUAUCGCCUGGAUGGUCAUCAUGGGAGACGGGAUGCACAACUUCAGCGACGGACUGGCCAUAGGAGCUGCAUUCAGUGCUAAUCUGACUGGAGGCAUUAGCACGUCUGUGGCUGUCUUCUGUCAUGAACUCCCUCAUGAACUGGGUGACUUCGCGGUGCUGCUUAAGGCCGGGAUGAGCGUGAAACAGGCCAUCGUGUACAACGUCCUGUCAGCUCUCAUGGCGUACGUCGGCAUGGUGAUCGGCACUGCGGUCGGGCAGUACACGCACAACCUCACCAGCUGGAUCUUUGCAAUCACUGCGGGAAUGUUCCUCUACGUCGCCCUCGUCGACAUGUUGCCGGAGAUGCUCCACGGUGACAGCGAGGAUCACAAACGUUGCCAGGUUGGUCACUUCCUGCUGCAGAAUCUGGGCAUGCUCAGUGGCUUCUCCAUCAUGCUGCUCAUCGCCAUCUUCGAGGACCAAAUCGUGUUUGACUUUGGAUUCUAGCUCCUCCUCCUCUCACCCUUUGCUCCUCACCCCUCCUCAUUGCUCCUCCCCCUCUCCUCCUCUCUGUGGCAAACAUAUCAGCUCAACUUCGCACAUUCUUGGGACAUUUAUGGACUGAAGAAAUGCAGGAUCUAAAACUGCCCAGAUGUUGUUGCAAAAAAGGAAACUCCACACUCACCAGUUAAGUGACUUAAAUAUUUAGUUUGAGUGGUUUGGGUUUAGGUUUAUUGACUUUUGAUUGAUCUGAGUAUUCAAACCAAUAGAAUAAAAUGGGUUCAAUUGUAUUUUAUUUACAUAUUAGUUUAUAAACAAAUGUAUGAAGUCCUUAAGCAGUUUCCUUUUUUGCAUCAACAUGUUUAGUUGAUCAGUCUGACGCUGUUUCUUCCAAAGCUGCUGUCAAUGUUGUGUGUUUGUCCUUGUUUUGUGAUGUCAUCAUUCUGCACCCAUGUGUGUCCCGCUGUGGGACAUUAUAAUUAUAAGUCCUGUCUUUGUGCGGAGCCCCGCCCCCUGAAGCAGCAGCACAACUUCUGUGUUUUAUUUUGAAAUAAAGCUGGGCCUCAUUCUGCGAGAUUUACAGCACCAAAAGUGCAGUCACAUUUUUUCCGUGGAAGCAAUAAAAUAUAUAGGUUUAUAAAUAAAAAAGGAAAGCACAAUAAAAAUACUAAUAAUGAUGUGUGAAAAUCAAGCGAUAAUUUCCUGGAAAAUGUCUAAAAUGUAUUUUUUUUUUAAAACCCAAGUCAAUUUUUUUGGUGGUAAAGCACAUUUGUGUCUUAUUCGAAAGGUCAUGGGUUCAAACCUGAGUGCACAGUAGUAGUAUUUUUGUAGUAAUACGUUUACAUGAACCAAUUUGAAAUGGCGUGUAAAGAACAAUGAAUGAGGCCCAGUGUUAAACUAAUAAAAUAUUUUUUUGCCAAAAUGAAUAAAAUUUGCUGCUGUCAUUACUUGUUUUAUAUAUUAGAUUUUUCACAUGUAUUUUUUUUAGUGCUGCACUGUAAAAACUGUUAGAACUAAUAAUGAAAUGAUACCCACACGUGUCGUUUUUCUGAGGCUGGAAACGCUGCUGCCACUUUUUUUUUUUUCUUUUUAGAGUGCCUGCCGAGUUUUGGACAAUCGUUCAGUUUCUGUGCGUCCCUCAUGGGGGCGCUGAAGGUGCUAACCACUGCUGUAUGACACUGUAAAUAUUGACUUACUUUAGGCUGUUUUUUUGUUUUUGUUUUUUUUUGUUCAUAGUUUUAUGAAUUAUUUUUGUCAAAUGCUGAUUUUUGUUGCAGACAAUCUUUUUUGUUUUUAAAUUAUGCUGAAGGGGAUCAUUUACAUGUUGUCCCAUAAUGCAUCAGUGAUCAUAUUGUUGUCAUUUACAUAUUCCAUCAUGUUGUAUUGGAGUACUUCUGCAGAGUAUAAUGAUUUUCCUUUGACAGCGCAGCUCCUUCAGAAGUUCUCAUGACCUCUGACCUCUGCUCUCACAUUCCUUUGUGGGUUCUUUACUGUCACUGUGUGACACAGACUCACUGUAAAAAUGAAUCAUUACAACAUUUAAUACAAAGGUGUGACUCAUUAUGUCACAUUUAUGGCUGUACAAACGAGUUUAAGACUGAACCACUCUGAGGCACCUCCUGACCAGGGCUGGGGCUCAGAUCUAGAGACGGUGGGUUCAUGUCUUUCUAAAUGAAGGUCCAUUCUUUUAGUUGAAUAAAUGUUUGUUGUGGUUUAAAUCUGUGUAAAUGUUAAGUGCCAUUGAUGCUGUGCUUCAAUAAAUGAGC